UGUUAUCCGACCCUCCGCUAAUUUCUCAAAAACUAAUUUGAAAAUUUAUGUUUGGGGCUGCCAUUGGCUGAAGCACUAAUCAGGCGUUGGAGCGGAAUACUAAAUGAAGUUACUAAAAAGUAUCUUCUCGACUUUGACGUUGGAUUCGCUUGAGGGACUUUGGAUUGUUUGGGUUGCGAGUUGAAGUUUGAUUGAAGUUUGAUCAUUGUGGAUUAGAAAGCUAGGUUUGUUGGAGUAUCAGUGAAGCAGGCCAAUAACGAUUCAUUGUCACUUCGAGGAACGUUUUCAAAUCGUAGAGUUUAUGUUUUUGUGUACAUCAUCACUUGCCAAUUUCACAACUUCGAAUUCUAAUGAGGGAUUUUAUCUCGAUUUGCGAUAUUGAGGACAUUUGGAAUCUUUGAAUUUUGCUGUGUUAUCGUUUCAAAUGUUCAGACCGAGGAUAACCAUGAAAAACUGGUUUGGUAUCUCACCAAAGAUUGAAGACCAUUGUUUGGGAUUUCUGAAAUUCCCAGACUCGCGUGAUUCAUCCAGCAUGCCCGACUCGCCCUCAGAUGCUGUGACCACAGUGACAUCAUCAAAUAUAUCGCCAGUGACGUCAGUACCUCCGGUAUCGCUCAUCAACCGACCAAACUCAGCCGUCAGCCUGACUGGUAUGAACGGUAACCAUUCGCCCCACAACGGCAUGAAUGGACGGACCCCCUCACCGCCCUCUAUGGGCAACAGUACAUCUAGUCAACAGCUACCGCCGGCAUGCGGGGCGCGGCAGCUCAGCAAGUUAAAGCGAUUUCUGACCACGUUGCAGCAGUUUGGAUCGGAUAUAUCACCAGAAAUCGGUGACAGAGUUCGCACACUAGUCUUAGGUCUUGUGAAUUCUCAUUUAUCAAUUGAGGAAUUCCAUGCGAAACUUCAGGAAGCGACCAACUUCCCUCUUAGGCCAUUUGUUAUACCAUUUCUAAAGGCCAACCUUCCUUUGUUACAGCGUGAGUUACUGCACUGUGCAAGAAUGGCUAAACAAACUCCACAGCAGUAUCUCGCUCACAAUGAACACAUAUUAUUUGAUACGUCUCACACGCCCGUGGAAUCUCAGGAAAUAUUAGGUUCAGAAUUGAACGAGAAUGGCAAGCGACCAUCUCCUGAUAGGCCAAAGGAUUCAGAACGGGACAGUCACAUGGAUGUGCUUCACCCAGCCAAAAGACAUCAUUCAAUGAGCCCAGGCAGUAACAACAGAAUAAGUCCGACUGCACCGGGAAAUUUCAAUAACUAUGGUCCAAUCAGAUUAGAGGAUAUCAGUUUAACGCGGGAAUUACGGGAACGGGAAAGGAUGGAGCGGGAGCGGUUAGAGCGGGAAAGAAUGGAGAGAGAACGAGAACGACACUAUAGCAGUAGCAGCAGUUAUAAUAAUUAUCCCCGGGACACGCCAUUCGAUCAUUUGGACCGAUCGGAUGAUGAAUGGAAGCAAGUAGAAAAUAUGCUGCAUUGCAUUAUGGGUAUGGUUGACAAAACUAAGCGUGCUCUCGCAGUCCUGCAGGAGCGGAGCAACCGGGACCGAGAGGAGCUCGCCGUGUGGAUGAGGCGGCACUCAGAAGGUUUAGACCAUGACAUGAAGAAACGCACCAGUGAAAUGAUGGUGUCCUCGUUACGACAGACAGAGGAUCGCGUAUCUGAGGUGAAGAGACGAGCAGUGGCCGGUCAACUAAUGGUAGUGGGUGCUGAUCUUACAGAGGAAGCCGUCAAUGAGGUUAAGCGCCAGGCUGUGUGUGAGCUCCAGAAAGCAGUCGCUGCGGCUGAGCAGAAGGCAAAUGAGUUGGUGUCCGCAGAGAAGCUGAAGAUGGAGCGAAGUCUGGCCGAUAUCCGUAAAACAACACGAGAGGAAGUGUUGAACAUGGUCAACUCACAAGAAGAAUCAAGUGAGAGUUGUUGGAACUGUGGAAGAAAGGCCAAUGAAACGUGCAGUGGAUGUAACGUGGCACGAUACUGUGGAUCGUUCUGCCAACAUAAGGACUGGGAGAACCACCAUCGUGUUUGUGGCCAACAGACGCAAGUGACACGUGAGGCGCAGGCCGCAGCGGUGACUGCGGCAGCCAAUCAGCAACCGGGAGCAGCAACAGCUCCACGCACCUCGCCGCCACCGCAAGUCUCAUCACAAGUGGACCGUUCCUCCAAUACGCCCCCUAUUUCUAGUCCAGCCAACUCAGUGACCUCGGUCGCUUCAGCCUCUAAGUCGGGGUCAAGGUCGAACUCUCCUUCCUCAAAAAGUAAUUCAUAGGAUUCGUUAUUGUUCAACAGAAAGUGUUGUGUUUUGGACUUGUUUGUAUGUGCUAAUUUAUUGUGUGAUGAUGAACAUGGGGUUAACUCAAGAUACUGACUCAUUUCAAAUUUAAAGUUGCUCUUGUGUGACAAGGGGACGACAUCAAAUGGCCGUGCAGUUAGGUCUGUGUGAAGGCACUGGACUGAACAUUGUACCAUCCCAUGGGCUGGUCAGUGCCUCCUUGGCUGGGGUGGGGGCCACAAGAGCUGAGUAUGUGAUAGGAACUGUAGCCUGGUUGACAGCAAGUGGAUGUGCAGUCGAGGAAUCGUGUGGCUGGUCAUCAUCAGUGCGCGUUGUAGUGUAAGAUUCUGCACGAUUAAAGACAUUGAUAUAUUGUACACUGGUCUAUACCUACCUUUACGAACGAAAAUAUUGUAACAAGGUGACCUUAAAUAGGCAGCUCUCAGACUCAUAUCCCAUGGUAAAAUGACAAUAUUGAGCUUCUUUUUACUAGUCAUAGUGAAUUAUUUUCACUGUAGAGAAUCGCAAUUAGAGGUGGUUUUGAGUUAAGUUAACAAGAAGGUACUGUGCUCCGAUACUGUAUGAUAUAUUGAAUUUUCUAAAAAAACCUUGAAUUUGAAGAGAAAUUAACCAAUUUGAAAUGAAUUUAGAUUUUUCAUCCUGAGCAGGGACACUGUAAGCAUUUGCCCAGAUGAAACCAUUUAGGAACAUGGGAAUGUUUUCUACUGUCUUCGAGUCUGAUGAUAACACUACAGACUGCAGAUUGGAUCAUGUAAGCUCUUGUUAUUUUCAAGCAGUGAUUUGACUUUUUAAUCAUAGAUGGCGCAGUGGCAGUUUUCUCAUCCACAGUUUGUUGUCUAUGAUUAUUCUUAGAAUUUAUUGUCCUUUUUAGAAAUAUUUCUAUCUGUGACUUUUAGGAAAAUUAUGGGUGCCAUAUUUGUCAUGGAUGUGUCUGUAUAGGAGUGGUUCUCAUGUUGGUCAAUAGGUGGUGUUAGUCUAAUUGCCUAAGAAAUAAUUCUCCUGAAAAAGUGUGUUCUAAUUAUUUCUUGGGACUCGGCGAUAUAUGAUAUUAAUUUUAUAGGAAUCAUUUCCACACUGGCAAAAAAUUCCAAUGUAUAAUCAAUUCAUAUUCAGGUCUCAGGAUUUGUUUUAGUACCAAAAUAUUCACCUCAAAAAACACUUUACAGCAAGUCUCAAAACGAUUAAGUUUGAUUGUAAGUUAGAUUGAUCGUAAGGUGAAUAGAUGGCAGCGCAGCAUAGCCAUGACCUGCAUCAUCCUCUUCACUAAGUAUUUCACCUAAAUCAUUCUCCACAGUGCAAAUAAAACGUCAAUUUCACAUAAUCUCUAAAACGGGUUACUCAAAUUUUUCGCAAAGUAUGCAUUUUUCACAUUUUCUCUCCACAUUAUAUAUAAGGUGUUGUUGAAUGGGAGAAGGUUUGGGGCUUUGAUGUGUGUCUACUGUCCUCGGCUCGGCAAAACUUGACACCAGCAAGUGGCGAAGGGCGCUUAUACAGGGUGUAGCCAAAAAGAGUGCCUAACUUAGUCAUUCCCAGAAUCUCGCGUUGGAGUUGUAUGUGGUAGGCCUUAUCACAUUGCUUCAUUGGAGUAAAUGGCCUAUUGCCAACUUCAGUGAUUCACGUCAUUACCAUUUACUUGGGAAAUUGGAUAAAGUGAUUUUACGUUCAUUCUGUGACACCCUGUACACCGACAGCUGAAAUUGAAGUUGGAAUGCUUCUAAUCUCCACUAAGUGUGCGUGUGCUUAACUUUUUAUGUAAUAUAUUGUACAGAAAUUCUAAAUGUGCCUUCCCCAGGUUCACCAGUGUGGCUCGUGCACAAGUAUAGAUUGUAAAAAUAUGGUUGAUUCUGGUGAGCCUGUGGUGGGAUUGACUUUAUAUGUGUUUGAAGUAAUGUGUAGACUUGUGUUGUGUAAGUAAUGGUACACAGCUACUUUUGAAUUGUUGUGAAAGUAUGCCCUUGUUAAUUACACAGUGCCACCAAGUGAUGGGAAGAGUGACUAAAUAUUUGUGUGGGACAAAUCUAGGGAGUUAAAAGAUUGGGUGAAAUAUGACAAUAAAAGAUAAAUUUGGAUCAGACCUGGAGACAAGAUGUGACAUUGUCUUCAGAGACAAGAUGUGACAUUGUCUUCAAAAGGCUUCAAAGAUGUAAGCAAUACUAAAUAUGCCACCUGUAAGAAAUUCCUGUCUGAUAAAAACCUGGAUUACAUUAAAAACAUUUCUAUGGGUAGGGGUUGUUGUUAUCUAAAGUUAGUUCAAGCAAACAAUUUGUUGGUAACCUAAGCAGUGUGUAAGUGCACUGUUCCUAUAACUCUUGCCUCAAAAUGGCUUAAUUUGCUUUACCAAUGUGUUUUUGGAAAUUACCAACACUUCUUGGAAACCUCAUACUGGUGGUAUGUAAUUGACCAGGGUUGACUUGCCCUACUUGUCUAGUUAGUGAGGUAGAAGCUCACCAGGUUGUGCAGCUGAAGACCAUAUGUUGACCACAUGCAUACUGUACACAUGUAGAAGGUCUUGUACUAGAGAUUGUAUGUCAACUUGGUGUGGUACAGAUGGUAGUGUUAUCAUGAACACUUUCAUGCCUAGAAUCUUGAUCAAAAUAAUUCUGUGAGAGCCCCGUAAUGAGCUGCCACUUGCCAUAUUGAGAUGACAAAAUCCAUUCUUCUUUCAAAAAUGCUUGAUUGAUAAUUUGUAAAGAAGAUUCUCUUGAAUGAAAUUUAGAAGAAAAGGAUCUUGUGGCGUGGUCUGUCCAAUGUUAUCUGAAGUUUUUUCUUUCCUGUGCUUUGAUGGAUUUUGGGUUUGAAAGUGAUAAUCGUGGUGUGAAUAAAGAAGAUGUAUGUAUAUGGUCAAAGUAUUUUCAAUAAAAUAUUGAAAGGUA